GGACUAGGGCACUAGUAGUGCUUUAACUAUUAAGUAAAAUGAUGUUUGUUAAUGCCAUUUUUUUAUUUUUAGAAAAAAUAGAAAAAUGGCUAAAAGAAGGAAAAGUUGAGCUGAAAGUCACUCGUAUCAAUAUGCAUGGUGCACCUGGAGCUGGUAAAACGUGUUCGCAGCACCUCCUACUUAAUGAGCCACCACCAUCUUGCACAGAUAGUACACCGAUAGCUUGUCCUGCUAUUCGAGCAACAAGAAUAUCGAUUGACGGUAAAAAUAAGUGGGAGAGAGUUGAGCUUAAAGAUUUAUAUAAGCAGUUAGCAUCUCAUUUAAAGGAGGCACCAGAUGAAACAAAGCGUGAGAAAAAAUCAGAUAAAGCAUCACUGGAUAUAGAUGAUGAUGGUUCAGAAUCAGACAAAGAUGAAACUGAUAAUGAACCAACUGACAAUAAACCAAUUGAAAAGGAAUCAGCUGAAAUUGAGAAAAAACAAACUGAGAUUAAACCAGCUGAAACAGAAGUUAUGAAAGAAGUUAUAAGUGUUCAUAGAACUGAAAAUGUUAAAAAAUUAAGUACAAAUUGGGUUUAUUUUAUUGAUUCCGGUGGUCAACCAGCAUAUCGAGAGUUGCUACCUCUUUUUACAAGAGCAGCUGCACUGAAUAUCAUCACUAUUGAUCUUACCAAAGGCCUUGAUGAGAAGUGCCGGUUUCAAUAUCAUAUUAGUCAACAUACGUCUCCUAUUAAUACAGAAUUGAAAUAUUCAAAUUGUGGUAUAAUCCAAUCAACAAUUAGCUCCGAAGCUAUGCUGAAUUCCAUCAAAAUUCCUUAUGUCUCUGACAUGCCCAAGCACUCGCAUUAUCUUAUACUUGGUACACGUAAAGAUGAGUUGGAAAAGAGAGAUAAGCUAGGUGAGCUGAAUGAAAUGAAUAUACUGCUGCUAAAAGAAUAUAAAGAUAAUAGAAAAGUCAUUAUGCUUAAUGAGCGUCAAGGUUUAGUUAUAUUUCCAGUUAAUACGUUGCUCCCUGCUGGGUCUAAGGAAAGAGAAAAAGCUAGUGUAAGUCUUUGUAAAGCAAUUUCAAAUUUUGGAGUUGAAAUGACGAUUGAGUUACCAAUUCGAUUGCUUACUUUUGAGAUUUCAUUACAGAGGGAAGCUAAGAAGAAGGAACGCAGUUUUCUUACAAAAGAAGAAGCAGUUAAGAUUGGUAAGUCUCUUCGACUUGAUGAUGAAUCAGAUAUUGAUGAUGCUCUGCAAUAUCUACAUGAUGUUACUAUCAUUCUUUAUUAUCGUAAGGUUCUACCAAAUAUAAUAUUUGUUGAUCCUAAGCCAAUUCUUGAUGUCUUUUCACAUCUAAUAGCUAUCACAUAUGUUGACCAUGAUAAAUUAGAUUUGCUUGCAGAGCCACCUCCUUCAAGAGAUGAAACAUAUAAUCUCAUAAAAUUUGGCCUUUUUAAAGAAGAUGUUUUUAAAAAAAUUGGUAUAAAGUUAAAAAUUUUUGAUAAGAAUUUGAAAUCAUCUCACAUGAUCAAGCUUCUAAUACACCUCCACAUCAUUGCUAAAGUUGAAAACAGAAAAGAAGGAGAUUACUUUUUUCCGUGUGCAUUACCAUCUUAUGACAAGCUCAAUCCUGCCCCAACAGAAAUACAACCACUUCUCAUAGCAUGGGAGAUUAACAACAAUGGCACAACAACUCUAGCCAUCCCUCAAGGAUUAUUUCCUUUAACCAUUGUACAUCUUUUAGAACAAAAGGGUAAAGUAGACUUCAGUCCUGAUCCUGAUUUAGACAAUAAAUUCUACAGAUAUCAUGAUGCCAUGUCACUUCGUGUUUACAAUAAUCACUUUAUACACAUCAUAAAUCGUUAUACACAUAUCGAAAUACAUUUUCGUGGUGACUGCAAAAACUCUUGUCAAAGAAUUCGUGAAUUAGUCACAGACGCUAUCACAAAAAGCAGAAAAGAUCUUAAUGUUGAUGAUGAUCAUAUCUUUGCAUUCAAAUGCCCCCAAAAGGAACGCUACUGCAUUGUACGGCAAGAUGAUAAAUCUUCUACCUGGUAUUCUCAUUGCACUCAUUGUGAAACACAAUGUAAAGUACUGGAGAGUGAUGAUAGCUAUAAAUGCUGGUUUUUUAGUGAUUCUCUUUUGUCUAGUCCAGGAGCUGAAGCAUCAUCAGAAGAUCCACCUUCUAAAAAAUGCAAAGAGCAACACACUGCUGGAUUAAGUGCUGCAGGACAAUUUAGAAGGAUUUCUGCUAGACUUGGAAGGUCCAUAUCAUCUUGCCUGACUACAGUGUCAAUGAAUCUUAAUGCUGAGGGUCUGAUAACACAGGAGCUACAUGAUGAAAUGAUUAAUGGUCGUGAUAUUGAUUCAAAAAAAGCUCCCAAGCUAGUAAAUGCAAUACAGAGUAGACUUAAUACUCACACUAAUCCUGAGGCAUAUCUAAAAGAAGUGUGCUCAGCAUUGAAAGAUGUUGGAGAGAAACAAAUCACUGGCAUAGUGAAUGAAUUGGAACAGAGUGCCACAGAUUGAUCCUGCUAACUACUACUUCAAAUAAUUUAUUAUUUCUUGUGUGCUUUGGAUUUGACUUAAAUACAUUGUUUGUGUAAUUUUUUUAUA